AUGGAGGCCCACCUCAGGCAGCUCAGCCUGGGCAAGGGGCCCAAGGGGGCUGGGGACAGACAGGCCGUGGCUGAGCUGCAGGAGCUGGCCCUGAGCUGGUUCAUGGAGACGCAAGCCCCCCUCAUUCUGCAGAACGGAGCCCUGCCCCCCUGGUUUCACGGAUUCAUCACUCGCAAGCAGACAGAGCAGCUGCUCAGGGACAAAGCUCUUGGCUCCUUCCUCAUCCGCCUCAGUGACCGGGCCACCGGCUACAUCUUGUCCUACAGGGGCAGUGACCGCUGCCGGCAUUUUGUCAUCAACCAGCUCCGAAACCGGCGCUACCUCAUCUCAGGGGACACCCAGAGCCACGGCACCCUGGCAGAACUCGUGCACCAUUACCAGGAGGUGCAGUUUGAGCCCUUCGGGGAGACCCUGUCUGCUGCCUGCCCCCGGAUGGAGGACAAUGAUCUCUAUGACGCCAUCACCCUGGGCCUCCAUCAAACUGAUCCUAGCCUGGAAUACCCACCAGAGAAGGCCAGCAGCCCCCCUGCCUCUCCAAAGCACCAGGUCUCCUUCCUCCACAAAAGGAGGAGCCUGGAUGCAAGUCCCUGGAAUCUCUCCGAGGAAGAAAGCAUGGAGGCCCCUGUCAAGGCGCCCCCCCUCCCGGAGAGGAGAGCUUCCCGUCUGAGCAACUCUUUUGGAGGCUCCAACAACAUCAUCUAUGCAGACCUGAGAAAGAUGAACCAGGCCCGGCUAGGCCUGGGCACGGAUGUAUCCGGCUGGCAGGGGCCCGUUCCAGGUGGCAGCCAGGCCUGUUCUCCAGGCAAGGAGGCCCCGAGGAGACUUUCAGAUGGAAGCCAGAACAAGCCUGAUGGCCCAGGACCUGCCCUCUCUGGGGUGAGCCCAGACCAGGGCCCUAGAGUGUCUCCCACUUCUUGGGGCCGCCUCCUGCCUUCCAGCUCUGAGGCCUCAGGAUCCUCAGGGGCUACCUGGAGCCAGGGGUCUCCAAAACUGAGCUGUGGGGCCCAGCCCUGCUCCCAGAGCAGUUGUGCAGACACCUACGAGCCCAUCUGGACAGAAGAUCUCCCUGAGGAUGCCAGGGAUGUGCCACGCAGGGAAGGCGGCAGUGCCUAUGAGCAGAUUGCAGUCUGCUGGGGGGGCCCAGCCAGGACCCCCUAUCCUGGGAUGAGCCCCACAUACAGCAAGCUUUCAGGGUUCACGGACUGUGGUUAUGAGAGGAUCUCGGGGGUCCCAGAGCUCCCAGAGCCCAGACACACCUAUGAACAAAUCCCAGGAGCAAGCAGCCAGGAGCAAGGAGGCUGGACAGACACACAAAUCCAAGCAGCCAGGAGCAAGGAGGCUGGACAGACACACAAGCCUGACAAGCUCCGGAGGCUCUUCUUCACAGAUAAGAAGCACAAACCUUGA